CACGGCUCUGCAUCCCUGCCUGCUGGUACCCGGCCGUCAUGUGGGAGCUGCUGGCUCUUCUGCUGCUCAUGCUAGUCUAUUUCUUUCAGUCCAAGGCAAAGCACCCUGGUGCCAAGUACCCCAAGAGCCUCCCGUCCCUGCCCCUGGUGGGCAGUUUGCCAUUCCUCCCCAGACAUGGCCAUCUACAUGUCAACCUAUUCAAGCUGCAGGAGAAAUACGGCCCCAUCUAUUCCUUUCGUAUGGGCACCAAGACCACAGUGAUCGUCGGCAACCACCAGCUGGCCAAGGAGGUGCUCGUAAAGAAAGGCAAGGAGUUCAGUGGCCGGCCCCAAGUGGCGACUCUGGACAUCCUCUCGGACAACCAAAAGGGCAUUGCCUUUGCUGACUUCGGCGCCCACUGGCAGCUGCAUCGGAAGCUGGUGCUGAGCACCUUUGCCCUGUUCAGGGAAGGUGACCAGAAGCUGGAGAAGAUCAUAUGUCGGGAAGUCAGCGUAUUCUGUGAUUCGCUGGCCGCCCACGAUGGACAGACCAUCGAUUUGACCGUGUCCCUCUUCGCGGCGAUAACCAACAUCAUCUGCUUGAUCUGCUUCAAGACCUCCUACAAGCGGGGGGACCCUGAGCUGCAGACCAUCCAGCACUACAAUGAAGGCAUCCUCCACACCCUGGACAAGGACUGUCUGGUGGACAUCUUCCCCUGGCUGAAGAUUUUUCCCAGUAAAACGCUGGCAAUGAUGAGGAAAUACGUGAGAAUGCGAGACAAUGUGCUGAAGAAAGUAUUUGAAAGUUACAAGGAGAAGUUCAACAGCAACUCCAUCACCAACAUGCUGGACAUACUGAUGCAAGCCAAGAUGAACUCACAGAAUAACAAUGCCAGCCAGGACUCCGAGAUACUCUCAGACAAAUACAUUUUUGCCACCAUAGCAGACAUCUUUGGGGCCGGCGUGGAGACCACCACCUCUGUGGUGAAAUGGACCGUGGCCUUCCUGCUGCACAACCCACAGCUGAAGAAGAAGAUCCACGAGGAGAUUGACCAGAAAGUGGGUUUCAGCCGCAAACCGAGCAUCAGCGACCGGAACCAACUCCUGCUGCUGGAGGCCACCAUCCGGGAAGUGCUGCGCAUCAGGCCGGUGGCCCCUAUGCUCAUCCCCCACAAGGCCACCACCGACUCCAGCAUUGGCGAGUUUGCCGUGGACAAGGGCACCCAGGUCAUCGUCAAUCUGUGGGCCCUACAUCACAAUGAGAAGGAGUGGUCCCACCCGGACCAGUUCAUGCCUGAGCGCUUCUUGGAUCCGACAAGGAGCCAGCUCAUCUCACCAUCGUUAAGCUACCUGCCCUUCGGAGCCGGGCCCCGUUCCUGCGUAGGUGAGAUUCUGGCCCGCCAGGAGCUCUUCCUCUUCAUGGCCUGGUUGCUGCAGAAGUUCGACUUGGAGGUGCCAGACGAUGGACAGCUGCCCUCCUUGGAGGGCAACCCCAAGGUGGUCUUUCUGAUCGACCCUUUCAAAGUGAAGAUCAGGGUGCGCCAGGCCUGGAGGGAAGCCCAGGCUGAGUGCAGCACCUAG